ACAGGCAGCCGGCCCUUCCGAGGAGUUAUGGAUGUUGGUGCACUCGCUUCUGGCCAGAUCCGUACCCAGAGGGAGCUAACCAGUAGCCAUCACCUCCAGCUGUCUCUUUGCCUCGCACCAGGUCUUACCCUUCCAGUAUGUUCCUUCUGAUGAGACAAUUUCCAGUGCCGAGAGUUUCAGUACAAUGUGGAAAUGGAUACUGACACAUUGUGCCUCAGCCUUUCCCCACCUGCCGGGCUGCUGUUGCUGCUUCUUGUUGCUCUUCUUGGUGUCUUCCGUCCCUGUCACCUGCCAAGCUCUUGGUCAGGACAUGGUGUCACCGGAGGCCACCAACUCCUCUUCCUCCUCCUCCUCUUCCUCCUCCUCGUCCUCUUCCUUCUCCUCUCCUUCCAGCGCGGGGAGGCAUGUGCGGAGCUACAAUCACCUCCAAGGAGAUGUCCGCUGGAGAAAGCUGUUCUCCUUCACCAAGUACUUUCUCAAGAUUGAAAAGAACGGCAAGGUCAGCGGGACCAAGAAGGAAAACUGUCCGUACAGUAUCCUAGAGAUAACAUCAGUGGAAAUUGGAGUUGUUGCCGUCAAAGCCAUUAACAGCAACUAUUACUUAGCCAUGAACAAGAAGGGGAAACUCUAUGGCUCAAAAGAAUUUAACAAUGACUGUAAACUGAAAGAGAGGAUAGAGGAAAAUGGAUACAACACCUAUGCAUCUUUUAACUGGCAGCACAACGGCAGGCAAAUGUACGUGGCAUUGAAUGGAAAAGGAGCUCCCAGGAGAGGACAAAAAACAAGAAGGAAAAACACCUCCGCUCACUUCCUCCCCAUGGUGGUCCACUCAUAGAAGAAGGCACCGUUGGUGGAUGCAGUACAACCAAUGACUCUUUGGCCAAAAAGAGAUAGUAUCCUCACUGAAGACUGUAGCUCAAAAGGCAAAGAUAGAGCACUGAGUUCAGCUUGUUUAAAGGAAGGAAGGAAGGCUUUGGAUGUUUUUGUACUCACUGCUGACAUACGAAGUUCUUUUCACUAGCUCUGUGUCAUUGGGUCAUGCCUUAUAACCAAGAUAGAGGCAAAUCAAGUGUGGAUGGAAGUUAUCCUCAAGUGAACAAUACUGUGGUGGGGGUUGGGUUUUUCGUUUUGUUUUGUUUUGAUUUUAAGCUUUUUGUUUUGAACUUCUGAGAUAGGACUUAAAGGACUUAAAGGAACACUCUGUUGAAUGAUCUUUGGGAAAGUUAUUUAUGGAAUAUGAACACAUAUCAAAGACUUUCAUUGCUCAUUCAAGCCUGAUGAUUCAAUGAGCAGUAAGACACGCAAGCAUUUACUGGAAAGCACUUGGGUCAUAUCAUAUGCACAACCAAAGGAGCUUUGGGUGUGGCACCAUGGAAGAAUUGGAUCAGAUUUACAAAUAUAAACAUAGUAGUGUGAAACUGUCCUAACAAUACAAAUAGUAUGGUAUGCUUGUGCAUUCUGCCUCCAUCCUUUCUAUUUCCUUCUAAGUUAUUUAUUUAAUAGGAUGUUAAAUAUCUUUUGGGGUUUUAAAGAAUAUCCUCAGUGCUGCCCUCUGAUUUACCUUCUCUUUCUCUUUCUUUCUCUUUCUCUUUCUCUGUCUCUCUCUUUUUGGCACCAUACACACGUUCAUGACAAAGUGUUUUAAAACCUUGGCAAACACUUCAGAAGUAGGAGACGAGGAAAAGGAAGCAGUAUGAAUGCCCUUUGUGCUCUCAGUUGACUUAAUUUGCACUUCUGCAACACAAAGCAUCAGUGGUGACUAUGUCUGAGUUCUGCUAUAGCUUAAGUGACAGAGAUCUGGCCUCAUUUGUCAACAUAUAUUGGUCCUGACAGACCCUUACCUUAAAAUAUUGAAGGCCAAAUUCUCUUUCACUGCCUUAUCUCAUCUCCCAGAAUAUACUAAAAGAAGAAACAUGAAUUGUUAGAUUUUAGACUAACCUCGGUUUUUUGUUCAUUUGUUUGGUUGUUUUGUUUUGUUUUGUUUUCCUACUGAUGAUGGCUUGCCACGGGUCACAAUGACAAAUGAUGGGAA